UGAGGCGGAGGGAGCAUUAAGCGAGAUAAGUUUCGUUUUCCCGAUGUCACUGUUGUUAUGACGUGGUUUCUUGGAAUUUAUUUCCCUUAAAGACCUGUUAGGUUAGGAUAUUGUUUUUCCUCCACUUUACGGCUUGGUCGUGGAAGAGGAGACGUUUAUUCUCUUAUGAAAACGUUGAUAAUUUGGCUAAGCUUCAAUACAUAUGGCGGCUCUUUGUUUUGCCAUUUCUGCGGAAAUGAAAAUGAAAAUUUAGUUAGUGACAACUGUGACUUGGUGUGACUUGGGACUUAGUGAGUUGAUCUGAGUCUUAUUGUUGUCAACGUUGCACGUUUCAGACGUCUAAAAGGCAACUGGAAAUACCUGUUUAGGUAGGGGUAUAGGCAACGAUUCCACGUGCCACACUGUCCCAUCACUGAGCUGUCUAUAAUUCAGGGUAAAGGAGGCAUGGCCCAGUGGGAGAGGCUUCAGCAGCUGGACCCCCUGUAUCGGCAGAAGGUGCAUGAGCUGUAUGACCGGGAAGAGUUGCCAAUGGAUGUGCGCCACUAUCUAGCCCCCUGGAUUGAGAGUCAAGAAUGGGAUCGUGCAGCGAUGGAUCCACAAUUGGCUGUGGUCCUCUUUCAGGUCCUCCUGGAGAAUCUGGACAACCAAUACAGCCGCUUUUUGCAGGAGGGGAACGGGGAGAGCUUUGUGUUGCAGUGUAGUUUCCGAAGAUUCAAACAGAACUUUCAGCGGUACCAAGAGGAGCCGUAUACUCUGGCUAAAAUCAUUCAGUGGUUCCUUACCAAAGAGAGAGAGAUUCUACGCAUGGUUGAGCUGCCUGACCAGGUGCAGUUGUUGCAGGUUCAGCAAGGCAACAUGGAGACGGACAGCGAGCGAAACAUGCAGAAGAAGGUGGAGGAAGUGCGGCACAAAGUGCAGGUGAUGGAUCACACUGUGAAGUGUUUGGAAGAGCAGCAAGAUGAGUUUGACUUCAAGUUCCAGACCCACAAAAUGGAAGGACCUAUUACUCCUGAAGAUCAGAAGGUAUUGCAAAUGAUGCUCAACCGUUUGGAUCAGUCCCGCAGGUCUCUGCUGUCCAACCUGACAGCUCUGCUGAUCCUGAUGGAGGAAGCAAUGUCUUUGCUGGUGGAAGAUGAGCUUGUGCAGUGGAAAUGGAGACAACAGAAGUCCUACAUCGGAGCCCCCGAAGACACAAGUCUGGAGAAACUUGAGCAAUGGUUCACAUCUAUGGCUGAGGGUAUGUUCCAGAUUCGAGAGUUCCUGCAGAAGCUUGAGGAGUUGUCUGGAAAAGUAUCCUACGAAAAGGAUCCCGUCUUAUCCCAGAAGCCUUCGCUGCAACAGCGGGCUGACAGCAUCCUUACCACUCUGCUCAAGAGUGCUUUUGUGGUGGAGACUCAGCCCUCCAUACCACAGGGGAAGGGGCCUCUUGUGCUGCGCACCAAUGUUCAGUUCUCUGUCAAAACCAGGUUCCUUGUGAAGGUCCCAGAACUGAACCACUCCAUGCAGGUGACAGUUACUAUGGACAAGGAUGCUCCUCAGGUGAAAGGGUACCGGAAGUUCAAUGUGUUGGGCACGGCGACCAAGGCCCUGAACAUGACUGAGAGCAUGCAGGGAGGCAUGGUGGCCGACUUCAGACACCUGACGCUCAAGGAGCAGAAGGUGGGAGCAGGAGGGAAAGGCAUCAGUGAUCUCUCUCUAAGUGUCACAGAGGAGCUCCACAUCAUAAACUUUGAGACAGAGUUUAACCAUAAUGGCCUGUCGGUUAAGCUAGAGACCUCCACCCUUCCGGUUGUUGUGAUCUCGAACUCCAGUCAACAGCAGAGUGCCUGGGCUUCUGUGCUGUGGUUCAACAUGCUGUGUUCUGACCAUAAGAAUGUGCUGUUUUUUGCAAACACAACGCCAGCCCCUUGGGCCAAGGUAGGGGAGAUGCUGAGUUGGCAGUUUCUGUCGGCCGCUGGAAGAGGCCUAGACACGAAUCAGCAGGACAUGAUCGCUCAAAAACUGUUUGGAAAGCAACAGAGCUACGACGACUGCACCAUCUCCUGGGCCAGGUUUAGCAAGGAAAAUGUCCCAGAGAACAGCUUCUCUUUGUGGGUGUGGUUGGACGGCAUCCUUUCCCUGGUAAAGACCUAUCUGGCUGAUGUCUGGAAAGAUGGCUCAGUGAUUGGGUUCAUCAGUAAGGGCAGGGAGAAGACCCUUCUGAAGAAGAGGAUGGACGGCACCUUCCUGCUGAGAUUCAGCGAGAGUAUAAAAGAUGGAGGAGUCACGUUCAGCUGGGUUGAGACCGACUUGCGGGGUAACAGAAAUGUGCGGAGUGUUCAACCUUUCACCAAGACUGAUAUGAGUCAGAUCCCAUUCGUUGAGAUCAUCCGAAACUUCCAGAUCCUGGAGGCAGGGAACAUUCCAGAAAACCCACUGCGCUACCUUUACCCUGACAUACCCAAAGACAGAGCAUUUGAGAAAUAUUACACAGAAAAGGGUGGAGAGGACAGUCCAUACAUCAAAUACAUCAAGACCAAGUUAAUGUUUGUGUCCAAAGAGAGCGGGACUGAGGGCAAACAGCCAAUGAACAGUCUGUGUUUGCAGCACUGCGAUGAGGUCACAGCUCCAGAUUAUCCUCUGGCAGACUCCAUGGACAAGUUCUUAAACUGUGACGGGGAAACACCUUUGCUGAGUGGUGGUGUGUCAGACAUGGAUGAAGACCUGUUUCAGAAGUUUCUCAAUGACCCAAAUAUGCUGGAUGGGAUGAAUAUGCCGGAAACUAGCCUCCCAGAUCUCAUCCUUAGCCAACUAGAAUAAACCUGCAUAGCAUAGCGCCUUGUUUUAGCCAAACAUGCACCUUGUUUUAGCCAAACAUGCACCUUUUUUUAUUUGUUUUCAUCCCCUCAGAGUCCCCUCAUGAUAUCUGACAUGGACAUUGUCAAAUGUAUUGCCAACCUUAAAUAAUUAUCAGUGGAGAGGAAUAUGUUGGCAUGCACUGCUUAGCUGUAGUGACAGCAAAACAGUGUGCAUUGGCAAUUCUAUCCCAUUUUAUUUGUAUUGAUUGAGGAAUUGCUAGUAGUAACUAGUCCCAAUAAGGCACUUUACUGACAUAAGUAUGACUAUAAGAAGCACUUACCACAAGGUACAAACAAUGGCUCAAUUCAGAAUCUCCUAGGACCAGUUUCUCAUACAUAGAUUAACUUAAUCAUUGCAAUCUUUUUCUCAAAGGAGAUCUUCAUUGAAGUUCUUUUUUAGUUCAUGUAUAGGAAACCAGCCUCUAGAGUCUUAUUUUUUCAUUUGCAUUCAUUGUGGUCUGCGUCCGUAUGGAUUCAUUCUAGUGUAACGCUUGUGUUUUGAUCAUCAUAUAUAAAAUGUGAUUGAAAGAGAAUGGUAUAUUAAAACAAACUACUAGCUUGGUGUCAAUAGGCCAAAGGUUUAUGUUCUGACUUCAGAGAGUGAAAGUCCUACCACAUAUUUAUUUUAACCAUUCACUAAACCAGUUAAUCCUUACCAGUGCAACUCUUUAGCCAGGUAUAUCAGCUCCUUGGCAAUGUCACCUGUAUUAAGUACACAGACAGAAGGAAUACAUGGCAGGACCUUUACUUUUUGAUGCCAGGAUGUUCACACAUGUUCAAUUAGUGAGCAUUUAGUAAUCCCGUGUAAGAUGUGAACAAUAGGCAGACCAAGUCCUGAGAUGGAAUUGGAUCAAUUACAAUUACUCUUUUGAUCACCCCUCUAGAACUCGUUGCCAGCUAGGAUGACUAAGAUUCUUUCUGCCAAGACUAUUCAGAUUUUAGUCCCCGUGAAAAUUAAGAGUCAAUCAUUUUCACUGUGCAUGCAAACACUAAGGACAUCGAAAUGUGACGAUAUUACAACACACAUAAUGGUCAUGCUUACACUCAAUCAGAGCUGCCAUAGUAAGAAGUUUUGAAAAUACAACUUCUGGGAAGAAACGUUUUAGUGGUUGUGUACAGUAUUGACUUUAUGAGAAUGAGAUAUGAAGUCCAUCAUGAAUUUAGCUUCUGCUGAUUUGUAAUCUCGCUUUGACAUAUUGCAUUUUGGCACCUGUAUUACUAUGUCUGACUUGAAUAUCUUUUCAGUGCAUACUAGCAAAUCUAAAAGUCUUUUGUGCUUUUUGUGGGCUAGGUUAAAACAUGUGAAAUGGAAAAGUUUGAAACUUUUGAUACUCGACCAGUUUCCCCAAUAUGACUGGAAAACAGUAAUCUUUUAAUUGGCAAAAUAAUACGAUGUCUUAACCAUGCACUUUCUAAAGAAAAUAAAUGACCAUAUUUGUAGUGCUAUGUAUUUUAAGAUGCAAUGCCGACUUAAAUGGUACAAUUUGUUUUUUUAUUUUUUGGUUAAAUGUCUGGACACAAGCUACUAUGAUGUUGAAGCUUGUAAGUGCACUGAUUUUUCCUUGUAUUCCCCAAUGCAGUGCACACCAUAACUGUGUGUGACUUGGACAAAAGGCCAAACAUAAGAACAUGUAUUCUCUUCUUUAUGUAAAUAAAGUCUCCCAUGUAGAA